UGGGAAUAUGGCAGCGGGCGCUUCUUAAAAGGUUUUCUAGAGACUACGAAUACAAAGUGAUCGUUUCCUUGUUGAAGUGUUGUUGGUGAUAUUUUAUUGGAAUCGCUCUUUUGUCAUACAAUUUCUUAUUUUUUUAAAAUCUUAAUGUCAUGUAAAUACUUGUAUAAUUUGUAAUUAGUUUCUAUAAACAGGAUAUGUGACAGCGACUUGGUAAUUGUGAGUGCAAAACGUGCGAUCAUUUGUCCUUUUAGAAAGCAAACAUUUGCUUGUGAGUGUCGUGCUUGGUGUUGUUCCUGCACAGUUUAUGCCAUUAACAAGUGUUGGCAAGUCUAAGAAAGUGAUGUUUCAUCGAACCAUGCCCUCACAAAAGACAGACAAAGGGGAAGGGAAAAGGACUCCAGAACAGUCAGCAGGUCCUUCGGAUGCGCCAGAGGCGUGUGACACACCUGCUGAUGCGUCUCCGUCGGAGCAACCCACAGACAACAAACUGUCAACUUCAAAGGAAAUACCUCCUUCACAGUUUUACCACAGUGGGAGAAUAGAGAAAUCUCAAGAGAAGCCAGAGAGAGCAAGAAAGAGGUAUAUUCAGAGAGUGGGGCGGAUUGCCCCUGCAAAUGAAGACAUCUUUGGAUUUGAUGAAACGAGUUCUUCCGAUAGUAACAUCACACUGGAGUCCAAUCCCGAAGUGAUGGACGAGGGAAAUGAUGAGGAAGGCGGGGAGGCUGGUGAAGAGGGGGAAGGUGGCGAAGAAGAGAAUGAGGAGGAAGAUGACGACGAAGAAGCCCUGAGCAUGGACGAAGAUGCUUUCCAGGAGCCCAGUGAUCCGUUUGAAGAUGAUAGCGAUAUUUACGAAGAUUUGAAUGAUCGCUUUGAGUACACAGAUGGAGACACUGAUGAUGAAGAAGACGAUGAUUCUACUGCUCCCUUUGACUUGAGCAUGGAGUUUUUCUCUGAUGUACCUGAUGAAGAUUCUUCCAACGAAGAUGGCGAUUUACCGGAGGAUGGCUUUGAGAGGGAGCUGUUGGGAUCGACUACGGAGCCAGGAAGAUCUCUCCAUAUGGCAGUGAUAAAAGGUGACUCAAGAUCCUUGGUUCGUUGGAAGGCGUGGGGAACAGGAGUAUGGGCCAGAAAGGUAAAGGGAGAUACAGAGCUACACUGUGCUGCUCGCUCAGGUGACAUGGCCACAGUGGAGCAGCUGAUCCAGGCUGGAGCAAAGCUAUCUGAAAUGAACAGGAAGAGGCAUACGCCUUUGGAGGUGGCUGCGUUGUGUGGCCAUGUCGCUGUUGUCCAGACUCUUCUAAAACACGGUGCUGGCACAGACACAGAACAGAUGGAGCAUGCACUGCUAGCCACCAAAAGCUCUGCCGUGGUGCGAGUUCUGGCUCAAGAAAAUCAAACCCUCCUAUUAGGAAUUACUGGUGUAGAUGUAUUGUCUCGAGCAGCACGUGAUGGGCGAGUCCUAAUGCUGCGAGCUUUAUUGAAGGGGGGAGCGGAUGCAAACUGGCCUGGGACCUUUAGUCGCACUGCCUUGCAUACUGCUGCCAGCAGAGGACAUGUGAGAUGUGUGUCUGCUUUGUUGGAGUACCAAGCUGAUGUAACGUCUGUUGAUGAUCGAUUGUGGACUCCCCUUCAUUAUGCUGCCCAUCACAGCCACCACGAGUGCGUACGUGUCCUCCUUGCGGCUGGAGCAGAUCCGAAUGCCAAAAGCGGCGAAGGCCAGAUUCCUCAUGAUGUCGCUUUUGACGAGGCCAUCCACAGGCUAUUGGAGAAUGCCUGAGCUACUUAAGCCAAAAAUUGAAGUCAAUACUGUACCUGUUAGAAGGAGAAUACUCUGCAGCACCGGAAGCAAGUGGACCCGAGAUUGAUUGCUGAGCAAUAGAAUCCAACUCCCAUUCGUUUUGAGUAGUAAGUUUGCAAUUCUUUAAUAAUGUGAGAAUGGGUCAGUAAAUUUUAAGAAUUUUUGUUUAGACUAAAAUAACUAUAUAUUUCAUAUUAUUAUUGCUAUUAUUACAUAAACAAUAAAUUUAUAUCUUGAGCAUUACAUAUUCAAAGCCUUUCUCAUACAUAUCACAAGUGACUGAAUUAAAAUUCUUAGCAGCUGCCAUCACUUUGUAUUGUAUUUUAUUACGCAAAGUUAAUUUGAUAAUUUUUUUUUAAUUCAAUAUCAAUUGGAAAUGCUUAAUGGACACAGCUAAAAGAACAGUAAAAAUAUAAUCUAAAAGAAACAAGAGAUUGGCAAAAUACGCCACUGACGCAUUUCAUGGAAAAGUGAAAUUACAGCACUCCAUGAAUAUCAGUUUUUGGAGCUCUACAAUUUAUUUUUGUGUUAUUGUUAGUUUUGUUUGUAUUUUCAUGUUAAAAAAAAAACAUUGUAUUGAGUCCAUUACAUACUGCGUUCAAAACUAAUUGUCAUUUAUUAGUGUCUUUCUUCUUUUCCUGGUGUUUUGUCAAAAUAAAUUUGACCUUUUCAAAAAACUGAUCCAAUACAAAGAAAUUGAUACAAUCUUGCAUGUAUUGGACAGUUGACAACAAUGUAUUGCAAUUGAAUAAAAAAUAUUACCUUAUGGCAUUUUAUUUAUUGGUAGUACAUUCUUUUCGAUUGUCUACCCUAGCAAAAUUGUAUGAGUUCUCUGAAGACGGCAAGUUUAAUUUAACAAAACCUGAGGAAAAGAAGAAAGUUGCUAUUAGUUUUGAAUGUUGUUGUGUGUUCAAUGGAUCAGUCAGAAGCCUCAUUACCAGCACGUGGAUGUUCGUUUGGAAAAGGUGUGUAUGGUUUCUCAAACUAUCUUAUUGCAGAGUGAAUCUCCUUAUCUGUAUCACUUUGCCUAUUUCAUUGUGUACUGAAAGCUGUGGUUUCAAAAUAAGCAUUGUAAUUAUUUAAGUACAGAGGAUCUUGUCUUGUGUAUUUUCUUUUAUGUUAAAAUGUAAUUUGAAUCAGGUAACGCAUGUAAUAUACAAACAUCUGCGUGUGCGACUUAUUUUUGUGCAAUGCAAGACUGCAUUUUUAGGUUGUUUUUGUCACGAUUGUGCUGUUAAAAUGCUGAACUCCAGUGAUCAGAUUUGUGGAUAGAAUCAGGUUUUAUGGUGUGUUUUUUAUGAUUAAAAAAUUCUGAUGACCAUAAAAAAAUGAAAUCAAUUGAAUUUAAUACAGAACACAAUUUCACAUCCAACUACAGAUCAUAUUGGACUUCAGGUUGGAAACGCCAAAUCUCAAAGCUCUCCAAACUUCAGUCCUUCAUUUUUAUCCUCAAAACAGUACAGACUAACUAAUCUCUACGUAUGUCAACUUGGCUCAUUUUCAGGCUAUCGUAUGCAAAAGGAGGGUGCUGACAUUCUGUUGCGCCGCACAAUAAAAUCACAAUACACAUAAAGACUGUGUUGAACAACAAAUGUCAUACAGAAUGUUAGUCAACAAAUGACCAUACAACAAUUAAAUGUUUCGGAAAAAUCAUUAGUAACCUGAACUCCAAAUAUAAACAUUUUAACUUUGUUACUUCUGACUCUGAUAACAGUAAAAUUAUUGAAUGUUUGAGAAUGGCCGAGAAAAAUACUGUAAAGCCAGGUUCAGUCGAGGUUUUUGGUUUUUAUUUAUAUAAUUACUUGCAUAAUAACAUAUGCUCAUGAGCUCGGGGUAAAGAAUAUGUGUGUAAAUUUCCAAAUAAAGUUACAUUUUGUCCUUUGAACCAUGCGAUAAACGUGCCAUAAUUGUACUUAAUAAUCCACUUAUGAAUAUAGUGUUAAAUCCUUGUUUGCAUAUUGGUUUUCCUUUGUAUAUUAUUGUCAUAAUUGUUGCUCUGUCAUUUUACUUUAUUUCACUCAGUGUUUCAUAACCAUUGAUUCUGUAGUAUUCAAAUCAUGCUUUUAUCAAUAUACUUAUGUACAUAAUGUUUUUGUUGUAUUUAGAAAUUAUCCAGGAGGUAUUCAAGUGUACAUAAUAACAAAUGAUGUUACUAGAUGAUGAUUAUGUGAUUGUAUGUUAAAAUAUAUAAGAAAGGUCUGUUAAACAUCGUAUCCAAACCUGUUUUUUGCCCUAAUUAGCAUUUUGUGUCAAUUUCCCUAUGAAAACCAUUGGAAAGAAAGUUUUGUACAUAUGUGUAUACACAGUUCAAACUCAAACUGCAGUAGUUAUUCCUAUGUUAAUGUAUUUUUUGUGUGAGAUUUAUAAGAAAAUAAUUUUCCAUAAAAAGCACUGACAUUCAUAACACGAUUAGAUGACAUUGGCAGUGUAUUGUCAAUAGGGAAAUAUAUGUGUCAUGAAUUACUCGUAAGAAAUAAACCAGAGAAGAAAUAUGUGAGCUAUUAUGUUAAAUUUUCUUUCCAAUGUACCGAGACUAUCAAAUGUGUUCCUUUUUAUCUUGCUGGAGUAAGGGUGCUUGUGCUUCUGAGCUUGCUAAAACUUAGUUUUGCAUGCCAUACUUUAUUCUCACCCUAAUAAGUUUUUUUAAUUUUAUUAUUAUUAUUAUUUACAGUUUUUUAUGGUUGUUCCAUUACUUGUCUGUGAUCUACAAUUCUUAUUGAUGUAUGGAAUGAGAGUAUUGGCUUACAGGAUAUGAUUUACUAAAUGAAAUCUUCCAGAUCGUCUGAAGUUGAAGAGACCCCUGUAAUUGUAAUGUGGCUCUUUCCAUAAAGAUAUUUGUAAUAAAUAUAAAUGAGCUUAGGGAAUUCAUUAAUUAAUUUGUACAUAAUUUGUGUACAAAUUUGGUGUUUGCAUGCCUAACUGAAGAAUGACCUGAGUAAAAGUUCAAUAUAUAUUUUUGUGCUCUUCACUUAUGGAGAUAAAUAUAUUAACAUAAUUAUUUUCACAGAAGCUUGUUAUAAAACCAUUGAGAAAGAGUUGGGUUUUGAAUUUUUUCAAACAAAUCUUCAGAAAUACGAUAGUUGUAAUCUUUAUAUAUUUUAUGUGAUGGAAAGUUUGAGGUAAUAUUGAAUUGGGUUGUUUAAAGUUAAGAUGGAAGUAAAAAGUAUUUUGUGGUGCUUAAUAAAAAUUGAAACUGUGUAAAACAAAAGUUUGAUGUGAAAUAUUACAUUUCGGUAAUUCACAACAAUCGUUUUUUAAGACUUCGAGUUUUAAAUGCUGAAAUGUUGUGUGUCAACUUAGAUGUAUGCAACACAAAUCUUUUUCAAUUUUGUGAAGUGUUUGUUAGUAGAUGUAAAUAUUGGAAUGAUUGUGUAAAGAACUUACAGGAUAAGAAAACAAUUAUUUUGUUGUCUUUAUCUCAAUUAACACAAAUGUUUAACUUGAAUAUUCCAAAAUUUUCCAAUAAACCUAUGAAUUCCAAGCAUUAAGCACUCUUGAUUUGAAAUUAAGACCUUGCUUAGAAGAUUGUUACAGCACAUUAAAAUAAAAUUUUGUUUUUUUAUAGCUGCUCUGUUUAUGAUAUAUCUCUGAAUGUAAGUUAUUUGUGCCUGAUCUAUUAGGAAUACUAAGUUAUUCAGGGUGGUUGUUGUUGUUUUUUUUUCCCUCAAUGAGACUUGUUCAUUCUAGUCGAAAAAUUAAUUGAGUCAAGAUGCGUUGCCAUCUGGAUUUAGAAUUCAGUGAGAAUAAAAUAAUAUUGAUUAUGGUCGUUUGAAUAUUACUUCAUAAAAGUGGUUCAACAUCAUAAAUACUUGUAAAUAUAAAAAUCAGUUAUAUUAAGUGUUUAUUCCAAUUUUGAACCUUAAAUUGAGUAAGACAUGUAACAAUCUUUUCUACUGAUAAAAUGUUUGAAAACAUUCAUAUUUUGUAAUUAUUCAAUUAUUCAUACCCUUAUGUUUUAGGUUAUUGAUAUUAAAUGAGAAUCUUAUUUAAGACUUCUUUUUCUUCCCUUUAUUUUUUGUUGUUCAUUAUUGUGAAUGAAACUUGUAGCUGUGAGUGCCAGAUUUGAUUAUUUCAUUGGCUUGGAAUUGUAACUAUUGUCAGGAAGUACAUUGUACUAUGUCCCAGCAAAAAUUAAAUGUAAUUAUAUGCCAAUAAAGGAAAAUUGUCUGUAA